AUGUGUGUUGAGCCGAAAAGAGUAAACACAGGCCUGGGUAUGAUGCUUGAUACAAGGUUCCUCAAGAGUAUCCGAUAUUGUUUAAAGCUUGUAAAACUUUAUAUCAAUUAUACAGGAUAUUACCGCGUCGGUUGCUCGGUUCCUUGGUUAGUUAAUAGACCAAAAGAUAACGAAUGGCGAAAAUCAGCAUUGAUGUGCUAUUUGAAUUUGAAGUAUAAGUUAUUCUUUUUGGUAUCUGAGCUUGUAGCUAUCAAUAUACAGCACAAGAUAAACACUAAAUUCGCAAUGAGUAUCAAAUCGCCUUCCGUUAAAAGUGGUGACAGUUUUAGUAAUAUCUAUACCAGUAGAAUGAGAUUCGAUAUGGUAUCCUACUAA